AUGGGUAAAGGUAGCCUGGGCUCCCCUCCACGGCAAUAUAGACGUCGACCGUCUGUGCAGCAACGGCCCUCAUCCAUACUCUUUCGCCCGCUGCCUCUCGUAUUGCAGCAUGACCGUGGUAACGAUGAUUUGCUCACCUUCGGCGAACAUCGAUGGUAUACUGAUGCUAGUAAUCAGAACACCGGCUUCUCUCAAUCCGCCGUGAACAAGCCUGCGGGCGGCGACGCCUUGGUCAAAUCAGAGUUCCCCAUGAUAUACACCUUUCCCAACGACGAGCACUUCUACGCCGCGGUUGACACCUACCUCGUCGACACCACUUGGGUUCGUCUGGAAUCCUGGGAGAACAACGGCGACGAUUCCCAGAGGUACACGUACCAGUACAAGACCGAGCUGAAGAUCACCCAGGGCGCCGACGUGACCACCUGCCUGAACCUCGGCGCCAGGUUCAAGGACCUCGCGCUCGGCGUCGACGGCGCGACCAAGACCUUCUCGGCGGACGAGACGACGUCCUCGCAGACGAAGGGGCUCCUCGUAGACGUCCACUCUAGGAAGAAGAUCACUCUGUACCAGCGCCGGUACACCUUCCGGUGCGACAUGCACUUCGUCCUCGACGCGUGGCGCGAGUACUGGAACGCGGGCGCGGCCAGCGGCGACGGUAUCGCGCGCAAGGAGUGCACCGUGCAGAUCAUGAGCGGGGACUAUCUCGUGGCGGAGAAGGAGCUGAGCGACGCCGCGGUGGGCACGCUGCAGGUCAAGGCCGUCAGCCGGUCGCCUCACAACAAUGAGAGCAACAACAAGACACGCAAGCGCGAGAACCUGACGAACAGGGCCAAGCGUGCGCUCUCCCAGAUGGGUGUUUGA